AUGUGCCUGCGCGCAUUCAAGAUGUCUUCUUCUUUGAUGCAAGGUGCUGAAUUCCAGCACAUUCUUCGUAUUCUGAACACAAAUGUUGAAGGAAAGCGUAAUGUUGUCUUCGGCCUCACUAAAAUCAAGGGUCUAGGACGACGAUUUGCCGAUCUUAUCUGCAAAAAGGCCGAAGUUGAUGUCAACAAAAGAGCUGGAGAACUUACUGCUGAUGAAAUUGAAAAACUUGUUGCUAUCAUCCAAAACCCCCGUCAAUUUAAGAUCCCUCUUUGGUUCCUUAACAGACAAAAGGAUUUCAAGACCGGAAAGUACACUCAAGUCUUUGCACAAAACGUCGAUGCUAAGCUUCGUGACGAUAUCGAACGCCUGAAGAAAAUCCGUGCCCAUCGUGGUCUUCGUCACUGGUGGGGAAUCAGAGUCCGUGGACAGCACACUUGCUCUACUGGCCGCAGAAAGUAA